GGGUGUGACGCUGCCCCUCACGGGCCGCGGGGGAGGGGCACCGGCCGCCGCCGCAACGUCACGGGCCUGGGGCCAGCCAAUGCGCGAGCGGCUGCCAGAUUCGAAUGAGCGAGGCGGGAGCGCGCGUGGACGGACGGGUGAGAGGUGGGCGCGCGCGUGCUCGCGCUCCUGCCUGGCGGCUGUGAAUGAAAGAACGAGGGAGGGGGGGCGCGCGCCUGACGGAGAUCACACCAUGGUAAUUGGUAUGUUACGAUCAGUGCCAAAUAAUCCAGGCAAUAUUCUGAAGAAAGGAAACAGAAGAUUUGGUAUCCAGCAUCUAUCCCAAGAACAGGAUAGCCAGACACAAGAAGAGUCAACAUUUUCUCUGGAUAAAGGCAAUGAUAUUGACAAGACGUGUGUUGUGGCUUCAGGAAUUCCAGGAACACCUAUGCUGUCUAAAACUGAGAAGUUAUCCCUUCAGAGAAGAAAAACAGUCGAUAAAGGAAAUCACCGUGUUCAUGAUGAAACUAACAUAAAUGUUGGUGUGGGUGAAGGAGAAAAAAGGCUUACUUUGCAACGGCGUAUUAAAGUGGGUAACUCAAAAAGAACUAUCUCUAUGCAGGAACAUUCACAAGGUAAAAUACUAACAGCUUCAACUCUGGGCCAAAGUCAUAAUCUAUUGCAACCAAAAUACACUGAUGUGAUAGGUUUUCGAUCCUCUGCAGAACCUUCAUUGAUGCAAAAGGUGACAGAUACCAGAAGUUAUCCUGUGACAUUUCCAAAGCAUGCUUCAGUUAGCAAGGAACAAGAAAAUGUGAUAACUGUCAAAAAAGAAGAGACUGUGCACAAAUGGUCAACUACACUUGUUAAAAAAGUGACAGCUGGUAAAUCUACUGAUAAUGGUAACAAGCAAAAAACAGACAAAAAUACCUUUAAAGUACCCACUGAACAAAAUGUGUUUAGAACCAGGACCCUAACUAGUGAUGGAAUCAAAUUAGCAAUGAAGCUUGGUGAUCAGCAAGGAGCAAAACACCCAUCUAAACUUUCUGUAAAAGCAAUGGCCAAAGGUUUCCAGACCACGGAGCCAAAAGUAGAUUGCGAGAUCAAUAACAUGAAAUACUCUGGAAUUUCAGCGAAUAAUGGACAUCAAAAUCCACUUGAAAGUGGUACACUUGCAAGAAGUCUUCCACAGGCAGAGGUAUCGUCGCAGAGAUCAUGCACAGGGAGUGAAUGUUCAAAUGGAGAAGACAGUGCUGUGACCGUGGCUGUCCGCGUGAGACCUCUCAGCAACAGGGAAAAAAAUGAAAAUGCACAAGUGGUAGUGUCCAUGAAAGGACAGGACACAGUUGUGAAACAUCCAGACAGCAACCACACUUACUCAUUUGCUUAUGACUUUUCAUUUUGGUCGUUUGAUGAAUUGCAUCCUGAAUUUUCAAGCCAGGAAACUGUGUAUAACAAAAUAGGACUUCCUCUGCUAGAGAAAGCUUUUGAUGGGUACAACACUUGUCUCUUUGCAUAUGGGCAGACUGGCUCUGGAAAAUCAUAUACAAUGAUGGGCUUCAGUGUCAAGGGAGUCAUUCCAAGGUUCUGUGAACAGCUGUUUGCCAGGGUAACAAAACCUGACCAGCAGGUUGCUUACUGCAUUGAAAUGAGCUACUUUGAAGUCUACAAUGAGAAAAUUCAUGACUUGUUGGUUGGUGGAAAUGGUAAAAUGGAAAUAAAACAAUCUCUGCGAGUGAGAGAACAUCCAGUCUUCGGACCUUAUGUGGCCGAUCUCUCUUUGAAUGUUGUCACUUCUUAUGCAGAUAUUCAUGGGUGGCUAGAACUAGGGAACAAACAAAGGGCCACAGCAGCCACAGGCAUGAAUGAAAAGAGUUCCAGGUCUCAUUCUGUCUUCACACUUGUCAUGACCCAAACUAAGACUGAAUUUGUAGCUGAGCAGGAGCAUGAGCAUUCUGUAACAAGCAGAAUAAACCUGGUGGACCUUGCAGGAAGUGAACGUUGUUUUACCUCCCAGACCAGCGGCAACAGGCUCAAGGAGGGUGUGAGCAUAAAUAAAUCUCUCUUCACCCUGGGGAAGGUGAUUUCUGCACUUUCGGAAUAUUUUCAGGCAAAGAAAAAGGUCUUCAUCCCUUACAGGGAGUCUGUGCUAACGUGGUUAUUGAAGGACAGUCUUGGUGGCAAUUCGAAAACAGCUAUGAUAGCUACUAUCAGCCCUUCAGCUUCUAAUGUGGAGGAGACUCUGAGUACACUUCGAUAUGCCAAACAAGCUCGUCAAAUUAUCAAUGUCGCAAAAGUGAAUGAAGACUCAAGUGCAAGAUUAAUUCGAGAUCUGAAAUUAGAGAUUGAAAAGUUGAAAGCUGUUCAGAUGAGUAGCCUAGGAAUGCAGUCUGCGAGAUACAAAUUAUCCCAACGUGAAAUAGAAGCCUUAAAAUUGAAGCUUCGUCAACAGGAGAGAGAAAUGGCAGAAGCACACAGGAAAUGGAGGGAAAGAUUGGACGAUGCAGAGAAGAGAAAACUUGAAGAAGCAAGAGAACUGCAGAAAGCGGGGAUUACUUUUAAAGUGGAUAACAGUUUACCAAACUUGGUAAAUUUGAAUGAAGAUCCACAGAUUUCGGAGAUGCUCUUGUAUAUGAUAAAAGAAGGCUCUACAAGAGUGGGGAAGCAACAGCCAAACUCCAAGCAUGACAUUCAGCUGUCUGGGGCACUCAUUGCUGAUGAUCAUUGUAUCAUACAAAACUUAAAAGGUGCAGUUAGCAUUGCACCAAUAGGAGAUGCAAAUACAUACGUCAAUGGACACCAUAUAACGGAGUCAACAGCACUGCAUCAUGGCGACAGAGUAAUACUUGGUGGAGAUCAUUACUUUAAAUUUAAUCAUCCACUGGAAGUUCAGAGUGGGCAAAGAGCAUCUUCAGCGAAUGCACUCCAUCGAGAUGCUCCAAAAGACUUUGAAUUUGCAAGAAAUGAACUUAUGCAAGCUCAACAGGCAAGACUUGAAGUUGAAAUCGAAGAGGCACGUUUGCAAGCUAAGCAAGAGAUGAUGCAGGGUAUCCAACUUGCAAAACAAAUGGCUCAAGAGGAAUUGUGCAGUCAAAAAUCUCUGUAUGAAAAUAAAAUAAGAGGGCUUGAAGAGGAAUUGGUGAAUGAAAAUAGAAAAAAGAAAGAAAUAGAGCUGCUGAAUGUAAAAAAGCAGCUUCAGCAGGAGAUGAAUAUAAACAGACGACUUGAACAAGAGUUGGAGAUGAACAGGAAACGCCUCGAAAUGGAAGCUUCAGCCACAAGACAGGCUCUGCAAGAUCAUAAUAUACGGCACGUAAAGUUUCUGGAUGCUCUGGAAGCAGAGAAGAGAAAGAUGGCACAAGACUUGGAGAGGAUGCAGCAAGAAAAGAGAUGGAAGACUCAAAAUAUUACUCCAUGUACAAACCAUUCAUAUUGGAACUCUAUGAAACUUUCAGUGAUGGUUCAAGAAGCGAAUACCAUUAGCAACAACUUGAGGAAGCAUACUGUUUUCAGUAGACACGAGACUGACAACAAGAAUGAAAGCCUUCAAAUUCCAAUUCAGGUUCAAGUUAAGAAUAUUAAAUUGGGCAUUAGCACUUUCUGGAGCUUGGAGAAAUUUGAAUGCAAGCUGGCGGCAAUGAGAGAACUCUAUCAGGGCACCGGGCAUUCUGGAGAUGAAGACAUAUUUUAUGACCCAAAUGAUGACUGGGAAACUGACUUGACGCUCUCUUCCUCUUUCUCCAAGAGACGAAGCAAAAGUUUUUUCAAAAGCAAACGAAUGUCUGGAUGUUUAGCAGGAAUCCAAGCACUUACUAGUCAAAAUAUGCAGUCAACACAUACAGAGUUACUGAACAUGUCUCAAAGUAUGUGCCCAGUAUCCUCCGAAUCAAAGUUGCCUGCCAUUUGUAAGGAAAUUCUGGGCGCAGCUGUUGAUUUUCUGGGAAGAAAUCAUGUAUCACAAGAGAACAUUCCUGACAGACUUGUUACUGAUCUCCUUGCUGUGCAUCAGGGAACAAUGGAAAUUUCCAAUGCCUAUGAAAAGCUUGAUGAAGGGAGUCAAGAAAAUUUGUUCACCAAUAAUCAAGCUAUGCAGACAUGCUGCAUCAGAGUGACAUCAAAUUUUGAAAGGGUGACCAUUCUAGUGAAGCUUUGGAUAGACAGUGGCCCGCAGGACACUUGCUUUGGGAUGAUUGGCGAUGAACUGCUUGUGGAAGUUAGAACAUUGGGACGAAACUUACAACUGCUAUUGCAGGGCUGUGAUUCAGAUAUUUCCUCUAUGGUGGUGGAAGCUUGGAACAAAAUAAGACAAACAAUUAGAAGACUUGCAAAGCACAUAGGUCACUUGGCAGCCUUCAUGGGCAUGGAGUUGCAUUCUGACGAGGAGAACGUGGAUGAUUCACAUAGUUACAAGAGAAAUGUUAUGGCCAGUUUUUUUGAGGGAGCAAGAUCUGGAAUGGAGAGUCUCCUGGAUAUUGGCUUAAAAAGAAUAAAAGAGCAUCAGAAGAUGCUGCAAAAAACAUCAUCAAAUAUGGGACUUGAGCAACUGAAGAAGAGGAGUAUGGCACUGUCUGUAUCGAUUCAAAAUUGUCUCAUUGAAUUAAAAAAGGAGCUGGAUGGUGAAAUCCAAGAAAACACGACUUGUUAUAUUGACUCCCUGAAGACCUUGCUCACAGCUGCUGCUGAAAUGGUGAAGUUUAAUGAAAGUUCUGACAAUUUGUACCAGAUGAUGACUUCAGUGAUGAGAGGUGAUUUCGCAGCCAAUGAGCAGCUGAAGAAGUUCAUAGAGCUGGUUUGUUCAUCAGUAAAGCAUGUGGCUGGUAAAUUUGGUGAGCUUUGGGCCGCCUCAUGUGAUGAGGUAAAUGCAUCCUUUGCCGGAAAAAGCCAGUGGGACACAAAAGAAUCUUGGUUAGCAUUCCGUGAAAUCGACCUGGCUGCCAGCUCUCUCCUUGAUUUACUUGAAUACCUCCAGGAUAAAGAGCAACACCCAAGAUGCACUGACACCACUAAAAAUGAUGAAGAGAAGAUCAAUGCUUCUACAGAUGUUAACUCUGCUACUCGGUGCAGUAAAGGAGUUAAAAAAAGUAUAUACACACUCCAAGGAAAAAAGACAAUGGGUUUGAAAGAUUACCUGCCUUAAAUUUAUCAAACAUUAUAUAUCAUAAGCAAUAAAAUAACAGUUUCAUUGUGCUUAAGUUAUGAAAGGUUAUGAUCUGCAGAACCUGCUGUAUAUAUUUAAUGUUAGAAAUGAAACAGUCACUUGUAAUAUUGUUGCUAUUUAUCACUGAACUUUUUCAAUUCAAUUUUUGUAAACUUUUGUUACCUAUGCCCUCUUUUUUUGUCUUGUACAAAAUAUAUUUUGCUCACUUCCCUGAAGAGCUAGUACCAUGUUUCACAAAAAUAUUUUCCUUAUGUUCUUAAGCUGAUGAGAACAACGGCAGGUAAAAGGGGUUAAUAUUCCAUCCUGUGUGGAUCAGCCAAACCUGUGAAUCUGGAGAUGAGUAGCUGCAUCAUGGGACCGUGGGUCAGGGUCUCAGUGGUACUGGCCUUGUUCUGUCAAGUGAUCAUGAGGCUUUUGAAGGGAAAAAGCUUUUGUUUUGUGAUCCAGGCUGGACAAUUGUUUGAAUAAGUUCAUACCUUUAAUUUGCCAAUGAUGGGCACGUUUGAGACUAUCAAAAUAUUUCCAUAUAUGCAGAUAAAAGAUUAAAUUUCAGCUUGCACUGCUAAUCAUUUUAAUUGCAAUUUCUCAUUUAAAAUUGGCUAUAGAGCUCUUCCUACCUCUCCCAAGCAAAAACGGGCAGAGUCCAUCCAAGAAUAAAUCUUACAGGGAAAGAACAUGUGACCUUGGAGACACAAGGAGAAUCGUACUGCCAUGUAUUUCAGCUGCUUCAGUAAUGUGAGUUAGGCGGUUAUUAUCUGACGCUUUCAUUGAAGUGAAAUUUGUUGUUUUGGAUAAAAGCACCAAAGUAUGCCUGCAAUAAUAUCUAAAACUAAUAAUGAAUAUAGUUUAUUUCUCAUAACACAGCCAUUUAAAUUGAAAUUGAAGUAAUUGAGGUGCAAUGGCUUGUUCAGGUACAUUACAACAGGUACAUUAACUGUUCACUUCAGAUGAGUAUUAUGUGAUGAAAAAACUUAUCUACCACUGCAAAAGUAAUGUAUGAAAAGGUUUUGGUCUGAAAGCUGUCCAUGGUUUGCAAAUUCUCUGAGUUUGUUGGAGUUGCUAGCUACCAGAAAAAUGUGAAUGGUGGUGCAGUGGAUGGAUCCUGAUCAAUAUUGUGUGUCAGGCUAUGCAAUUCACAUGUGCUUUACUGUACAGUUCAACCUGGAAUUAUUGUAAUUGUUUUAUCGUUAAAAUGUUUCUGGAUAACUCUCUUCAGCAUAUACUCUUCUCAUUUGUGAACAUCUGGGAGGUUGUAUUCAAAAUAUGUUUUUUUGUGUGUAGUCCAAAGAAAAUAGUAGAGUAUGGUAAAAUUGGAGGCAAGAAUGUAAACUGCUCAGGUAAUAUUUUUUUUUUGGUUUGGUCAGGUUUAUUUUAUAUGAAUUAAAAAAAGAUCUCUGGUUAAAUUGACAUGUCAUUCCUUGUAUUUCAAGAACCAAAGAUCACUGUUCAGUCUUGCAAAGCAAAGGGUUAAGGAAUACUGCAUUGUUAUAGCAUUAAAGACUAAUUUAUUUACCCCAUCACCCAGAUGUGUCAACUUCACUGAUCUGUACUCAAAAAGUGCCUUGCUGCUUUACAAUUAUGCAAUUCAAGUGCAGGGAAACUUUCACAUUUUUAAAUAAACUAUUGCUUGCUUCUAAA